ACGCGCGCACAGCCCCUCUGCUGUGUGCGUUGGGUGCUCGUCCGUAAUAGGCUGCGAGUGCAAGCCAUCACUCCUCAUGGCGUGCCACUGAACCGAACCGAACCGAUCGGAUCACGUCAGUCCACGGAGGAGGCGCGAUGACCGGGUAGCGCGUCUUUUACGCACCGCCAAAAAAACAAAAAACGCGCAUUCUGCUUCUUUACGUUUCAUUUUCUCAUCGAGAACAUGGAGACGGCAGCGCACAGAACCUCUGUCUGCAUUUACCAGCUGAUCAUUUUCUGCCAAAUAGUUGUUGCUGCAGAGCUGCUGGUUCGAGGUCUGAGGAAACUUCCGGAGGAUGUUGGCUGGUCAUACUCAGGUAGUGUGAACCAGCAUAACUGGGGUAAGAAGUUCCCGUCCUGCAACAGUGCCAAGCAAUCUCCUGUGGACAUCGACGACACCUUCAUCCAGGUCAGCCUGCAGUUCCAAAACCUACAGCUAGAGGGCUGGGACAAACUGACAGGAAAGUCCAGCACCAUCCACAACAAUGGGAAGACGGUGGCCAUCAGUGUGGACGGGAACUUCUUUGUGAGUGGAGGAGGACUGAGCUCCAGGUUUCGUGUUGGCAGCAUCACUUUCCACUGGGGACGCUGCAAUACCUCUUCAGAUGGAUCUGAACACAGCGUAAACGGGAUGAAAUAUCCUCUGGAGAUGCAGAUCUACUGUUACAAUGCAGAUGACUUCCAAACUCUGGACGACGCUGUCAGGGAGGGAGGGAGGAUCGCUGCUCUGGCUGUGCUCUUUGAGACCAGCCUGGAUGACAACGAAAACUUCAGCCCUGUUGUAGAAGCUGUCAACACUGUCAGCAGGUUUGGUAAAAUUGAGCCAAUGGAUGCAUUCUCUUUGUGGCCCUUGCUGCCUAAUAACACAGACAAGUAUUACAUCUACAACGGCUCUCUGACGGUGCCACCGUGCUCUGAGACGGUGGAAUGGGUUGUGUUUAAACAGCCUGUGACCAUAUCGGAGACACAGUUAGAGGUGUUCUGUGAGGUGUUGACCGUGGAGCAGGCCGGAUACGUGAUGCUGACUGAUUACCUGCAGAACAACUUCAGGGAGCAGCAGCAGCAGUUCAUGGGCCUGGUGUUCUCCUCCUACACCGGCGUGGAAGACGUGCAGACACCCACCUGUACCUUGGAGCCAGAAAAUCUUCAGGCCGACGCCCAAAACGAUACAACUAUCAUGGUGACAUGGGAGCGUCCUCGCGUGGUUUACGACACAACCAUUGACUGGUACACCGUCACCUACCAGCGGCUGCAGGGCCACGAGCAGAGCAAGCAGGAGUACCGGACUGACGGGGACCAGGACGUGGGUGCCAUCAUCACCGGCCUGCUGGCCAACAGCAGCUACGUGUUUCAGGUAGUCGCCGUUUGCGCCAACAGCCUGAGGGGACGAUGGAGCGACCAGGUUAUCGUGGACAUGCCGUUACAAGACCUCGAGAGUGACUCUGACAGCAGCUCACCAGAGCUGGAAGGAAACAAGGAGAUUUUGUCUAAAACCAGAUGGAAGAAGCCAGAAAACCCCAAUCAGGUGGACGUGGCACCUGAGGACCACAGCCCAGUGGAGGAGGUCCCUUUGGAACAGACCAGAGUUUACCAGAACCAUCCUAUACACUCCCAGAACCAGAGCAGAGAGCGAACCCAAGCAAACACUGACCUUCCAUCCCAAGUCCGCUCGACUCCGAAGAGUCCAUCUGAGUCUGCGGUUCAGCACAAACCUGAACUCGGCCACACCGGGAUAACGGAGUCCCAUGGAAACGAGCCUGAACCCGAUGAGACUGACGUGGAUCAGAACUGGAUUGACGAGGAGCAGGCAAUCCCAAAACACUGGCCCUUCACCCAUAACAGCAACAGUGCACUCUGGGUAACCCGGGAAAGUGAGCAGCCGGGCUUCCUGUUUCCGUUCCUUCAGACCACCACUGUGCCAACAGUCCACCGACAAAUCACAGAAGAAGCAUCGCUGUCGGUGUUGCUGUACCAGACAAAGGCUCCUGGUCCCACAGACCAAACCAGUGAACGGAGCUUCCAGUCUCCACAGUCAAGCCUGUACACCCCCUCUGCAGGGGACAUUCAAGUCACUGACGUCUUCUAUGAAGACGUUUUUAGCAGCUCCCCACUUGAAACAACAACCUCCCCUGUAAAAGCCUCCAUCCCUGCUGUGCUAGGUACAGACGUAGACCAAGAUUCCCCGCUGUCUUCUGAAGGCCGCGGCAUCCCUGUGGACAAACCUGUCACACAAUCAGUCUCCCCAGUUCCCUCCACCUCCUCAACAUUGUGGAUCACCACAAGGACAGCGAGUGCCAGCAACACCAUCACCGACCCGGGUUACAAAUCCUUCAUCACCUCUUCCUUCCUCAGAGAGCUGAUACACACCACCCAGCCCAUUUUUACCGAAGGUAGCAACAGCAGCCACGAUUCUCAAGUUGGGCUGGUCGCAGGUAUAGAGAGAGAAAAGAGAACGGUCAUCCCUCUGGCUGUUGUCUCCACUCUCACAAUCUUCUGUUUGCUGGUACUGGUUGGCAUCCUCAUCUACUGGAGAAGCUGUUUCCAGAUGGCAAAUUUCUACCCAGAUGACAAUGCAUCACCUAAAGUCAUAUCUGCUCCAUCUACACCCCUGCUGUUCACCACAGACGGUCACGACUCACUGACAGUGAAGCAGUUUGUGAAGCACGUCUUGGAGCUGCACACCACAAAUUCCUUCUCCAAGGAGUUUGAGAUUGUCAGAGAGUCCUAUGAGGAGGUACAGGCAUGCACAGUGGACAUGGACAUCACCUCCGACACCUCAAACCAUCCCGACAACAAAAGCAAAAACCGAUACAUCAACAUACUGGCCUAUGACCACAGUCGAGUGAAGCUCUCCAACAGUUUGGACAGUGAAGGAAAAUGCGGGGAUUACAUCAAUGCUAACUUUGUUGACGGCUACGAGCGAACAAGGGCUUACAUUGCUGCUCAGGGGCCUCUCAGAGCGAGCAGAGAGGACUUCUGGAGAAUGAUCUGCCAGCAGAAUGUAGGCAUUGUCGUCAUGAUCACGAACCUGAAGGAGAAAGGACGGACAAAAUGUGACCAAUACUGGCCAGAGGCGGACCAGCAGAAUUAUGGUCCAUACCAGGUGACCCUGAAAAGCAGCCAGGGUUUUGCUUACUACACACUGAGGACGUUUACCGUCAGAGAUGCAACCAAUAAGGUACCUCAGAAGCAAGUGGACCACACGGUGCUUCAUUACCACUACACCCAGUGGCCAGAUAUGGGCGUCCCAGAAUACACUCUGCCUGUCCUGUCCUUCAUCAGAACAUCCUCGAAGGCCCGGACACAGGAGAUGGGACCGGUUCUGGUGCACUGCAGUGCUGGUGUGGGACGUACAGGCACUUACAUUGUGAUUGACAGCAUGCUGCAGCAGAUCCAGGAUCAGGGGACGGUGAAUGUUCUCGGCUUCCUCAAACACGUCCGGACUCAGAGGAACUUCUUGGUUCAGACGGAGGAGCAGUACGUUUUCAUCCACGAUGCUCUGGUGGAAGCCAUCUUGAGCCGUAACACUUCUGUGACCUCUGAUCUCCUCCACGUCUAUGUGUCUGACCUCUUGACCCCCGGGACGUCAGGCAGGACGCGUAUGGACAGACAGUUUAAGCUGAUCAGUCAGCGUCAAGCGAAGCACGCGGACUACAGCACGGCGCUAAGAGAAGGAAACGCAGAGAGGAACAGGGCCAGAGCUCUGAUGCCCGUCGAGAGAUCAAGAGUCUGUCUGUCAUCUUCAGAAACAAACUCCACGGGUUACGUGAACGCUUCCUACGUCAUGGGUCACCACGACUGUAAAGAGUUCAUAGUGAGCCAGACGCCACUGAGCAGUACGGUAACAGAUUUCUGGAGGAUGAUCUGGGAACACAAAACACGUACUGUCGUGCAUUUAGUAGACACACACACUCAGAGCAAUGAAAGGGAGUCUUAUGUCUACUGGCCCAGUAAAGACCAGCCGCUCAGUGCUGAGGGUUUCACUGUGUCGUAUUCGGGUGAACACUUCGUUCUUCUGGCCAAUGACGAGCGACUUUUGAUGCAUGACUUCACCGUGGAGUCACUCCAGGAUGGUCACGUGCUAAACGUGCGACAGUACAGUGCCCCCUGCUGGCCCAAUCCUGACAGUCCCAUCAGGAACAGCUUUGAUCUGGUCAAUGCUGUCAGAGAACACAGCAGACACACAGACACGCCCACAGUCAUACACGAUCCGCUGGGAGGCGCCAUGUCAGGGCUGUUCUGCGCCCUCAGCACCCUGUGCAGCCAGCUGGAGGAGGAAAGAGCCGUGGACGUCUACUACGUGGCACGGAUGACCAACCUCAUGAGACCUGGAGUGUUCAAUGAUAUGGAGCAGUACCAGUAUCUGUACCGAGCCGUGCUGAGUCUGGUGAGCAGCCAGGAGGACCAGAGAGCCCUGCAGAAUCCAGAGACCAACGGGUCCGUGCCCCUGGGGCAGAGCAACGUUGCCGAGAGCCUGGAGUCCCUCAUGUAGACACACAAGUGUAACGCACAGCAAG